UGUAUUUAUGGUAUUAAUAUUGUUCUUAUUGAAUUCUCUUAAUGUUUAGCUAAGCUUAAUUUAAUUCUUUUAAAAAGCACUUAGGAUAUGCUCAUUUGUUUAUGUGUGAGACCCCGGCGUAUUUGUUUUUUUCGUCUAUUGCCAAGGGGCGUGUCGGCGGAAACCACAGCGGGAGCUCAAUGUGUACCUGUGUCAUGUCCUUUAAUUAGCUUUCCCAGGUGGACGAGCCAGAUAAUUUUACCCUUAUCGAACGUAGAAAUCUCACACGCAUGCAGCGAGAGUCUCUUCGCCAGCACUGACAUACACACAGUCGCACCUUGGAACCCCCGAUUGCUGUGGAGUUUUGAAAGGUUUUGAAAUCCGAGGCUGAAUCUUGGACAACAUGAGGACCGUCACCUGUGCAGCACCGGUCAACAUAGCGGUUAUCAAGUAUUGCAAAGAGAAGUCCACAGCAUUCACAUGGGGGUCCAGGAAUGGAGCCCCUGAUCCGGGAAUAUGGCAAUCAGAUGGGGAACUCCUUGCAGUAAGACGACGGGCAUCUAAGAGAAAGUUAGAAGGAUCUGACGAAGAUGUUUUAAACUGGCACGUGCACAUUUGUUCCACCAACAACUUCCCUACUGCUGCCGGCUUGGCUUCAUCUGCAGCUGGAUAUGCCUGUCUAGUAUAUGCCCUUGGCCAAGUAUAUGGAGUUGAAGGGGACUUAUCAUCCAUCGCUCGACAGGGGUCGGGCAGCGCAUGCCGCAGUGUUCAUGGUGGCCUUGUGCGGUGGUACAAAGGAGAGAUGAAGGAUGGCACUGACUCCUUUGCAAGGCCAAUUGCACCAGCAAAUCAUUUCCCAAACCUUCAUGUCAUUAUCUGUGUUGCUAAUGAUGGGCGAAAGAAAACAGGCAGCACUGAAGGCAUGAGAAGAACAGUACAGACAUCAAGGCUGAUGCAGUACCGCAUAAGGGAAUCUGUUGGACUGCGAAUUGAUUCCAUGAUGCAGGCAAUUGAAGAAAAGAAUUGGUCAACAUUUUGCGAUCUGACAAUAGCAGACAGUAAUGAGAUGCACGCUGUUUGCCAAGACUCCUUCCCACCGUGCAUAUACAUGUCAGACACCUCUCAUGCAGUAGUAGAACUUAUUCAUCGAUAUAAUGAACUUCAAAUCUCAAAGGGCAAUCUUAAAUAUAAGGUUUGCUACACAUUCGAUGCAGGUCCAAAUGCAUGUUUGUUUGUCCCUGGAGCUGUUGCCAAUGAAAUGCUCUCUCUACUAAAGCAUACUUUCCCUCCAAGCUCUCCUCAGAAUGCUGAUAGCUUCAUUCGAGGGAUGAAGUCACAGACAUUGACACUAUCAAAGGAGCUGGAAUCCAUAGCUGAUGAGAAUGCCCAGAGUGGACGCUUGAAAUACCUCAUCCACACAAAAGUGGGUGAGGGCCCCAGAGUACUCACUGAAGAUGGAGCCCACUUGCUAGACCCAGUAUCUGGACUGCCAACUGAAUCUGGUGGUAUGGCAUAGGGACUGACCACUGGAGGUAAAGUGUGGGGCAGAUGCAAGAGAACGCUGUCUGAGUAUGUCCAGAAAGUCCUCGUGGUGUCGUCACGAUUAAAAGACAGGAAGUCUCCAAGUGCUCUGCAAUGAGUUAUCCAGAUGAGGAAAUAUUCAAGAUGGGAAAAAGAGAUUUUUUUUUUUUUUUUUUUACUUGCCAGAGAAAUGUAAAACUAUGGAGAAGUAUAAAAGUAUAGGAAUAAACUUUUUUUUAUGUUUAUGAAAUAUAGGCACUUUGUUCUCUUCAGUAACAAGCCUAGGAUGAUAUAUUGCAGCUCAAAAUAUCACAGGUGUAGAGCUGUGAUAAGAAUCUCACUGUAUCCAGCCAGUUUUUGAAGUACACCCAUGUGGAUGGACAAUCAGAAAAUUUAUAUUUGGGAUAUUCCUUAUUAUGGAAAUAUCUCUCAUCUUGAAGAUGUAAACCUCCACAGCCUUUAUCAUUUACUGUGAUGCUCAUCUGUAUGCCUGCACUUUCUUCCAGAUAUUUCUGUAGCCAUGACUGCUACCUUCUACCACUGUGCCUGCCUGGAGUUGGCCUUUUAUUAGAAUGGUCAUCUUUAAAUGUCAAGUGGUGAUUCUCAGGAAAUCCACCCUAUGAUAUCAGUAUUAUAAUGUGUGUAACAAAACUAGCUGGUUAUACAACUUAUAUAUGAUGAGAACAAAUGAACCAUCAUAAAUUUCAAAGAACCAGGUGCCAGUUACUAUGUGAUAGUUUCCAAGUGAAUACCAAAUCUUAGAAGAUAUUUCUAAGAUUUACAUAAACUCAUGUAAAUUACCAAAGUCAGAUAUUGUUGUGAACAAAAUAAACUCUGCAUUUACAUCACAUAUUGCUCACAAAGUUAUAUGUUACCAGUGACUAUGUAAAACAACUUACGUAAUUGAGAAGCAGGAUUUUCAUGUUGUAAAACCUACUCAGUGAAUGGUUGCCUGCAUUUUCUGUUUCUUGGUACGCUAUCGAUUCAACUAUGUUUGUGAUUACCAGUACAAUAUUACAAGAAUAAUGAUCUAAUAACAAAUGAAGAACUCAGGGGAGCUGUGAAGUGGUUAUCGUUAUCUUGUGAAUUCAUCAAGAAAACCAUUAUGGUAAUUAGGUGAAUUGAGCUGCUGUUUCACUUUUUAUAUCCUAUUUCUUCAGUGUUAGGAUUCCAAAUAGAACAAAGUUAUCUAGACUGAUUUCUUUCUUGUGCUAGGCAUUUCUCAGUGACAAAUGAGCAACAUUGUUUCUUUUAUCACUUUGAAAAUUAUAUUCCAGAUAUGAUUGAACAUUAGACUAGAUAUUUAUUUACAUUUUAGCUGAGCAUAUUUUGACACAGCUUGCAUCAUAAGCUAGCAAGUAAGAUUAAAUGAUAUAUUCAUUUUCUGAGUUAGCAGCUGAUUAAGAUUUUGAUUAUAGAAAUCAAAUGUAUUUUUACAGAUGUGUUAGAUUUUCUACGGUAACAAAGGUUGCUUAAUUGCUGUAUAUGCUAGUUACAAUAUUUACUUUGAGAUUCUUUAUUAGAAAGUGAAAGACAAAUAUUUAUAAUGAUAAAAUUAUAUCUCUUGAAUAUUGAUUGUAUGUUUAUGCAUAUGAAGUAAUUGCUAAACUCUAAUGGUCUGACUCAGAAUCAGAAAUCAAGAGAUUGUUCAAAAUAUUAUUUUGUUUAAGCAACCAAGUUUAUAUCUAGAAUGUAAUAAUUUGUGUAAAUCUUACUAAUUAACCCACGACUACUUUCAAACUGAGAUUUUUUUUUUUCACAUGGGUGUGUUCUAUCCAAAUUAAGUGGAUUCUUGCUCUGAUAUGUAAGAAAAGGCACUGAUAAGUCCAACUUGGUAAUGUCAACAGUAACCCUCAGGUUACAAACCUCCACCACAUAAAUUCUGGUUUCUUAUUAAAGGGUGUCUUUCCUUUGGCUUCUUGAGCUAAGGCACCCAAGUACUGAUUUGUAUAUCUUGAGUUUAAGCCUGUCUGGUGCCGUGAGUUAUUCGUAGGACAAGGGAGGUGUCCAGCUUAUUUUAUGUUUUAUGUUUUAUUUAUUUGAGGAUAAAUUGCUAGGAACGUCUACAAGCUCUGUCUUACCAGCGAGUGCAAAUGGCUUUUUUAGGCCAGUGGGUCUUCCACAUUAACUGUAACUAUCAGUAAUCCUUCUUCAAAGUUAAUUUUGGGAAUUAGAACAAUAAAUGGAAGAGAUUAUGAAAAUUUGUAAGAUCCAACGCACACGCGCGCGAACGCGCGCACACGCGCACACACACACACACACACACACACACACACACACACACACACACACACACACACACACACACACACACACACACACACACACACACACAUCCACACAUC